UCUCAUUCUACGUGACUUUACCGAAAGAACCAAAGAAUAAAAAACCUUACUAUGGUCAACAAAUGUUUCUAUAUGCAGUGGCAGCUUCGAUUGUUGAUAUUUGAUGGUUGAUUUAAGUGACUUUUACUCCAAAUUAAUACAGGUAUAAUGAUUUGGUCUCCCCAACUCCCAGCGAUUUGAUGAUUGUUUUGUUUUUCACUAUUACGUACGAUUGAUUUGACGGAUGUGUUUUUUUUUAAACAAUGUAGUGAAUGACCGUGCCUCCGCCGGCUACAGGGCUGACGUUAACCUACCUAUUCCCUACAACACACGGGUCUUUACGGAAAAUGUUCAUUGUUGCGUUUAUCCCAAGAUUAACAAUUGAUAUGAAACGAUGCGUUUAUACACUCCAAAUAAUUAAUGGUUUUCACCCUUUAACUGAGACCGAUGGGUGUCUGCGGGAAACAACAUUUUUAUGUUGAUUUAAGUUUAACAUUGUUGCCUCUCCUGUAUCCAAACCUGCACAAUUUGCCCAUACACGUCUGGCCACCAUUAACGUGGAAUUGACGAGUGUACUGUACAUCCUAAGCUGCAGUGAAGCUUGUACUAUGUUUAGGAAGUUCUCCUGUACGUCCCAUAUAUGUAGCGUCUGCGGGCAAAUGUGCAUUCAAGUUGUGCUGUCAAGGCUUAGAAUUAUUGGGGGUAGGAAUUGCUUCAGAAUUAGGGAAUCUGGAAUGAAUUCGAUUUCUCAAGCUGGUAUUAGCUUGUUUUUUGUUUACUAAUACUGUACUCUGUAAAAUACAGCAAAGGGGUUUAUUUAAAGCCGUAGUCUUCUGAUGAGAUCUGGGUGGAUCAACCUUAGCUUCCACAAUGUAGACAUUCUCGAGCCACGUGCAAUUGUCUUACUAAAUAAUUUCUGCUGCUUUUAGGAACCAGUAAUGAAUGCAUUGCUCACAAAUUGAACAAAUGGUUAUUUUUUUCUGCUUUCAAGACAAAUACUUAAUCCAGUUUGUGAUGUACGAAGAUAACAUUUUCUUCAAAUGCAGUGCCACUCCUUUCGGUUCGUCUCAAUGGAAUCUCACCUUUUAUUUAAACAUGUUGAUUGAUUCAUCUGUGACUGUCUCACCGACAAUUCUUUAUGUCUGCAGGAUCAGAUCGUCACACCCAUGAUAAUUCUCUUUUUCCACUGAACCAGCGAUUAUCACAAAUAAGAGGAAUACAUCGUGGACAGGCAUUACAUUCAUUCUGUUAUCUGCAGCACUUGCUUAUAAUAGAAAUGAGGCUGAAGAAGACAACGAUGGAUGAUAUGGAUGAUGGCUUAAGACGAUGAUAAAGAUGUGGAUAUCUUCACCGACUCUGGUUUUGUAGUACAGUGACAUAACCACCGCAUCUCUAAAUUCUGAAUGCUGCACAAAAUUCAUAGUCUUGGCAAUUAUCAUAGGUAUUAGUUGUGGAUAAGAAGGGUUUUGGCCACGGAUAAUUCGGUAACAGUUCCUCAUCAAUAAUUUAGCUUUUUCUGUGGCCUAUCGCUUUAUUGCAGAUGUUUAACUUUAAUAUCUAAUCGCAUAUAAUUUUGCAAAUGAGGCUAUAGCUCUGAAACAUUUGUCAAGUUAUUUUUUAUUUUUUUAGAUCUGAAAAGUUAUCUUCUUAACAAGAUCGCAUUCUUAUGUUAUUUAUGUAUUCUGGAAAGUUUUAAAAGUUCACAUUUGAGUCAUAUCACAAAUAAUUAUUAGUGUUUUUGAAUUACAAAAUAUAUACUUUGUAGAACUAUUUUGAAUCUUCAUGAAACGAGUUGACAUCGUUACAUUUCUAUAUACUAUACAGCACAGUAUUUAAGAUACAAAUAUUUAACCUUUAUAUACAGUAUACAUUUUCUGGCAAAAAGGAUAUAUUAUGUGUGGGAGGUGAAAAACACAUUAAAGAGCCACGGUACCAACUAGAUUACAUUGUAGUUUCCCAUUAUGUGGAAUAAGUUAACAUUGGAAGUGUGUAUUUUUUAGUUUGGUGGACCAUCCAGAGUCCCCCUAAUGGGACCCCCCCCCCACCCCCUUGAGCAUGCCACCACAUGCUCACUGGGUAUUUUGAGGCUGUGGAGCAGGAAGCUCUCUGCUCAGUUGCUUUGACACCGCCGACUGAGGAAGGCAGGUCCAGAGUGAGCCAGUUGCAUUGCUGGCUGGCCCAAGCACUGGACUCCUAGUGGGCCACGGUACAUAUGCUUCAAUCAGUAAUACAAUGGUACCAGGGUUGAUACAACUUGGAUUUAGAUUGACGAAGAGGAGGAAAUUCAAUUACUGUCAAGCGUCCGGAUGGAACACAUUUGUAUGCCAGGCCACAAAAGAGGAUGCUGAAGGCCCGCUUGACUAGCGGAAGGGCUCGGUGUGCUUAGGGUCUCUUUCAUUCGCCAGCAGACAGCGGAGUUUGCUUGCACGCAUUAUGGUCCUCUGUGCAGAGGACGGGGACAAGGGGACUACCAUGCCUUCCUCAGUCUCAGUGUCAGGCCCAUCGUUGCCCUGCGACAGUUUGUUGGGCAUGCUGCCAUACUUCCUGGAUAACUCCAUCAUCGUGCAGAGUGACGUUAACCAACUCCUGAGCGAGAGCUUCUUUACGGUGAAAGGAGCAGCACUCUUUCUACCGCGUGGAAAUGGAACUACAUCACCACGAGCAAGUCACCGGCGAAGCAAACAUGCAGGUGAUUUGCAGCAACAUCUGCAGGCCAUGCUCAACAUCCUUCGGGCAGAGGAUAACAUCAAACUUGCAGUGCGGCUGGAGAGUGGCUAUCCCCAACGGACGCGCUACAUGGUGGUGGUUUAUACCAACGGAAGACAGGACACGGAGGAGAGCAUUGUGCUCGGCAUGGAUUUCCCUAGCCGCGAAAGCAACACGUGUACGAUUGGGUUGGUCUUACCACUAUGGAGUGACACAAAAAUUCACCUCGAUGGCGAUGGUGGCUUCAGUGUAACAACAGUGAAUCGGACACAUAUAUUCAAGCCUGUCUCCGUGCAAGCCAUGUGGUCCGCACUCCAGUGUCUGCACAAGACAUGUGAGAUGGCACGGAUAAAUAACUAUUACCCUGGGAGCCUGUUCCUUACAUGGGUUGGUUAUUAUGAAAGUCGAAUCAACUCUGAGCAGAGCUGCGUGUAUGAAUGGAACGCCAUGCAUGAUCUGCAGUCCAUGCGCUCCGAUUCUCCUGUACUUUUCACUGACCAGCCCACAGAGCGGGAAAGAACAGAGAAGCUGCUCCGAACGAAGCUGAGAGAAAUAAUGAUGCAGAAAGAUCUGGAGAACAUUACGUCCAAGGAGAUCCGCACAGAGUUGGAGAUGCUGAUGAAUUGCAACCUGAAGGAAUACCGUGAAUUCAUUGACAAUGAGAUGAUUGUGAUUCUGGGACAAAUGGACGGUGCAUCGGAAAUCUUUGACCACGUCUAUCUGGGCUCAGAGUGGAAUGCAUCCAAUUUGGAAGAGCUGCAAAGCAGAGGGGUGGGAUACAUCCUGAACGUUACUCGGGAGAUUGACAAUUUCUUCCCCGGUCUCUUCGUGUAUCACAAUAUCCGAGUGUACGAUGAAGAGGCUACCGACCUUUUGGCUUACUGGAACGACACUUACAAGUUCAUUUCAAAGGCCAAAAAAAGCGGCUCAAAGUGCCUUGUGCACUGCAAGAUGGGAGUGAGCCGCUCUGCUUCCACUGUCAUCGCCUAUGCCAUGAAGGAGUACGGCUGGAGUCUGGACAAGGCGUUCAACUUUGUCAAAGAGAAGCGCAAUGUUGCAAAGCCCAACGCGAGCUUCAUGCGACAACUGGAGGAGUACCAGGGCAUCCUUGAUGCCAGUAAGCAAAGACACAAUAAGCUCUGGCGCUCGCACUCGGAUAGCAACUUGAGUGAGCGUCUCAUGAAGCCUGCUGGCGGGUUACAAGGAUCCAAGCACCACAUGGCUGGGGGAACGGGCGCUCUCGGACACCGUUGCCCAGAGGAGCUGUCCCCAUCGCACGAGGUGCAAACCACACGCUCGCGCUCGUUCACAAAGGAGAGCACGUUCUACCCGUUUGAGCUGGGGGACACGGGAAUGACUGGCAUCACCCGAGCAGGAGAUGGUAACAACCGCUCGUGCCUGGACGAGCCCCAAUUGUUCUGCUUGUCGAGCACCUCCAGCUGUGCAGCAGCCGCCGCCAUGGCGUGGCCCACGGGGGGCGGCCUUGCUGUGUGGCCUAAGAGCCCCGACGAGGAGCAAGAGGAUGCCGUCGCUGGCCAUCAGCAUUCCCAGCCUGAACCGUCGCCCCCGCCCAUUGGUGGCGGCCCUACAGAGUUCACAAAUGAAACGGGGGAUCAUGCCACGACUGUUGACGCAGAGGUGACCUCGACGAGCCAUCACGAAGGCUUGACCGUGGCGGCGGCGGUGCCUCAGAGAGGCAGUGGAAGAGGCGCCGAGGAGGUGGUGUCUUCCGCCGCACAAAAGCAGCCUGGCCCUGCGGCGUCAACGUCCGCCGCUGGACAUGCGGCGGUCCCCUUGCCAGAAUCGCCUCCGCAGGCGUGCUUAACGACAAGCACCGAGGACAAGAUAGACUUCUUCAGCGCCAUGGAGAAAUUCAAAGAGCUCUCCCAGGAGAAUAAAGGCCGGGAGAGACUGAUGUCCCGAAGCGAGGAGCCGGGCCCUGCCAUACGUUCCACCGGAACUCGGCUUAGCGUCUCGGAUGGAACGAGCGCCUCCACAGACAAGCGCAAUAGUCAAGAGGUGGACGUGCACAACACCCAGGAUGAUGCUGCUCCCAAUACCAGCAACAGCAGCAGUAACAGCAACAACAACAAUAACAACAACAAUAAUAAUAACAACAACAGUGACCUCAAGGAACUCGUGAAGAUACUGAAUCAGGCUGAAGUUCCUCCAGUUUCUGUCAAAGAAAUUGUGACUGGAAUGGAGUCCUCUUCGGCAGGAUGGAGUCAAGGCAGUGCUGCUGAAGUAGCAGUCUCUUCCCCGAUGCUCGUAGCUAGUUGUCCUAGGGAGGACGGCACUGUACCCAAAGGUGCAGUUCCCAAUCUUCCUGAAAUGGUGCGACCCAUCACCGUGCCAUCUCUAGGUCAUUGCCGUAAAGGGUCAUUAGGUCACGAUUCCACGACGUCCUUCGGAUUUGCUCAAUGCUCGACAGGAGCGAGUGACAUUUCUCAAAUCGCCGAAGGGAGGUCGACUCAGUCCAGGUCGGACGCGCCUCACACUGAACGGGACCGAGACAAAUCCUCCAGUGCCUUGGUGAACCUGAGAAGGUCGUCCAGCUUGCACACCGACCGUACCAUGAUGCACGGGACUGUGCGCCGUGCCACCAAGGAGCUGGAGGAGCGCUUUAAGGAGCACGAGCCCACGGCCAGCAGCCCGAUUGUGGGAGCAUCGCUCAGUCGCAAGAAUUCCCAAAACGACGGAAAGAUUGGCCGCGACUUAGUGUGGAAAAGCAGAAAGGGGGAAGAGCAAAGUGGUGAGGUGGAGGUUAAAGCCGCGACGACGCAGAGGAGUGUGCAAAGAAAGCAAGAUUGGAGGGAAGAUGAGCAACAUAAAGACGAUGUGCAAAGCCCCGAUCUGGAACCGGAUGCCACUAAGAGUGAAGAUGUUGCUGUGGUAAUGCUGCAAAAAGCACAAGAGGUUUGCCCAUCUAAACUUAAAGGAGCAGAGCCCUUCAAAAGUCACGAUCCUGUCUAUGCCAAGCUGAGCGAAGUGAGCCCUCUUGUGUCCAACGUGGAACAUUGCGAAGUGAUCAUUCCAGAAGAAGUUGUGGUCGACUCGCGGCACUGCGAUGAUACAAGUGAUGUGGCGGCGCCACCUGCUGUCGAGAGGGCAGACGCACAACCCCCUCAGAGGACAAUAGAAAUCAUUGAGUAUACUCCUGCAGUCUUCAACCCUGCCAUGAAACAUGGCAAAGGCUCCAAUGAGUCAAGCACUGUUGACAGUGAGUCGGACAAUAAGGCCAGUAUGGAAGUUGUGUUUGAAGAGAACCCAGAUGGCAGUACCAGUUUAUUACUUCCGUCACGGAGGCCAUCCAAGCUUUACCAUCAAGAGUCACUGGUGUUUCUUGAAGAAAAAGGCCUGGUGAAAAAGCACACGAAAGAGCUCAAUGAAAAGCUGUCAUCGCCGUCGAGUUCUGUCAGAGCGGCUCCGGUUGGUGAUGAGGCAGCUUCUUCCACAGGCUUUGCGAGGCAGGGUGAGGAGCAUGUUACUAACUUGGGUGAAGAUCUCGCCGAGCAUAAUGCCGACUUGAGAACAGGGAGGGACAUCGAAAUUCCACCCAGAUCAACCCCAUUUUGCUUACUCUCCUUGUCUGUCGCUGUUAGGGAUGCACCCACGUGUGAGCAUCCGACGGCUUUCAUAGUCCACGGGGUCACACACACCAGCACGGACACGGACACUGAAAUUGACAGCAAAAUUGAAUCGGAAAAAGCGGCGGAGUGCAGGAAUGUAACCGAAACGGACGUUGAAAAUAAACACGGAAUUUCCGUGAAGCCACUUGGCACCAGCGAAACUUUAGUGCACGAUAAGAAAUCCAGUAGCACACCUCGGCCAAACCUCCAGCUCUUCUCUCCCACGCCGUACAUUGGCAGCAGCAUAGAUAGCCUGCAGAUCGGUGUUAAUGAUACACUGUCCAGUGGCCGUGUCCGGCAGCAAGCCAAAGAGAUUGAGUCGAAAAACCGUCAAGCUGGCUUGACCACCCCUUCUCGGAUGAAACGUUCACACUCUCUGGCAAAGCUGGGUUCUUUCGGACUCUGCCAGGAAGACACGAAUGACGAGGCCUCCUUGGAUCCCGUGGAGCCAAUGGAACUGAAGCGUGUCCUUUCAACAGAGAGGUCUGGGCAAAGAGAACCAUCACAGGGAGAACGUUCGAGUGUGAUUAUUUGCUCAACCAAACCAAUUGACAUUCUGGCGCACGAUGACGGUAAUCGGUCACAGUUGCCUGUGUUGCAAACUCAGAGGGUUGAAUCUUCAGCGGGAGAUGAUGCACACGGUUCACAGAGCAUUGUGACUGCGGCAACUCAAGACGCGGGGUCCUCUGUGCAAAGACAGCAGCAUGGCAGGACCCAUCCGUUGCGACGCUUGAAAAAGACAAGUGAAAAAAAGCGCACCACUAACCCUCUCUACAACACUGUAUGAUGCCAACCGCGGACAGCAUCCAGGGAACUUGAAGAUAUUAAGUCCACUCGAUCAAAUACUCACGAAGCCAUCUUCUAUGUUGGCAAGGCUGCCCUGAUGCUUGAAUAUGAAUCUAGAGCUAAUUUACGUGUACACACACGCUUGGUGAUAAACAGAGAUUUUGGCUUCAUAUAAGUAUCAGCUUAGUGUCUGUAUGCAACCUGCUUGCAUAUGUGAGCCAAGACUGGAAGACCUAACCUUGAAAAGCUGCACUUGCAACAUUAUUGGGAUGUGUGGUACUGUUGCUCAUUCCCUAGUGUGUGUACAACAAGAGUUCAGUUUGAAGAG